CUGUCCCCUCCCAGGGAUCCUGCAGGGGCCUCCUCUUUCAGCUUCUGCCCUUAAAAGGGGGCGAUCAUCUGUCCACCCCUAUUCCCUCCCUGAGAUGCCCUGAAAGGCUCCCCAUCAGCAUCAGACACAGCAUCCUUGUUCAUUUCCAAUCCCUUCUUCCCUACUUGGAACCUGCUCACCAGUCUCCCAGGCCAGGAGCAUCCUGCUCAGAGCUGGAUCUUUCUCUGAUGGGUCCUCAGUGAAGACCACUGCUGUCCUGGUGACUGUGACCUGCCUGACCAUCACAACACCAUGUCCGCCCGGUGGGCACCCCCGGACCCGGACGUCAUGGCCAUCAUGUGCCUCUGCCUCCGCCUGCCGCAGCUGUUCUCCAUGUGUGUGGCCAUCUCCCUGGUGGCCGGCAGGGCCACUGAGCGGGGAGCCGUAGGAAACUGGUCCAUGUCCAUCUGGUGCUUCUGUUUUGCCAUGACCCUCAUGGUAUUCAUUGUUGAGUUCUAUGGCUUCCACUCCCACUUUCCGUUUUUCUGGUUCAACUUCCCCGUGACCUAUGCCUGCUAUGCCACCCUCCUCUGCCUCUCGGCCUCCAUCACCUACUCCAUCACCUACGUCCAGUUUCUGCCUGGUGGUCCUUACCGGGACCGGGUCAUCGCCGCCUCUGCCUUCUCCUGUGUCGCAUCAGUGCUGUAUGCCAUAGAUGUGGCCUGCACGUGGGUUGCCUAUGGGUUCAAGGAGAUCCCCUGCUAUGUGCACACCAUGCCAGGCCUGCUGAAGGUGCUGGAGACCUUUGUGGCCUAUGUCAUCUUUUCCUUCAUCAUCAACACCUCCCUGUACCUGCACCAGCUGGCCCUGGAGUGGUGUGUGGCCGUGUACUCCAUCUGCUUCAUCCCAGCAGCCCUGGCCAUCCUGCUGAACCUGGGUGAAUGGGAAUACAGGCUGCCCAGACCGUAUCCCAUUUUCCAGCUUGUGCUCACCCUGCUCUCUGUCCUCCUCUACAUCAGCGCUCUGGUCCUCUGGCUGCUCUACCAGUUCUACGAGGAGUUCGGCGGGCAGCCCCAGAGGUCCAGUGAUGGGGACUGCAGGGACGAGCUCACCUACGACAUGUGCACCUGGGACCAGCGACUGGCUGUGGCCAUCCUGACAGCCAUCAACUUGCUGAUUUACGUGGCUGACCUGGGGUACUGGGCCCGCCAGGUCUCUGUAGGGACUGAGGACCAGCCCAGGGACUCCUGAUCCUCUGCUCACAGGAGGUAUCCUCACUGAGCUCUGGUGUUCUCUGAUGCCCUCUUCCUGGCUCUCUCUCCCUCCUCACAUCCUUCCCCAUUCAUCUUACUCUCUUUUCUGUUUCCUUCUCUCCUUCUACUCUGUUUCCUUCCUGCUUACUGUAGUUUCCCACAUCCUGUUUUGCUUCUUUCUCUCAUCUUUUCUACGUUUUCUGCUUUUUGCCCGUUUUCUGGUCAUCCUUGGUUUUCUCGUUUCCUGUGUCCUGAUCACCUCUCCCCAUUUUCCUUCUUCUGAUCCAUCAGGACCUGAUACUCCUUCCUUCUCUGCCCACCCCACCCCCGCCCCCCGCGUCCUAAGGUGCUGACUCCACAGCACAAAGCCUUCUGUGUGAUUCAGCCCCCCAUCUCCCAUGGGAGGGGAGUGUACAGGGCACCUUCACUUUAAUUUAAACUAAAAUUUCUGGAGGUCUAUAAUUUUCAGUGGCAGGAGUUUUGAAGCAGAGACCCUGGGUCCCUGGGUCCCACCUAGUGGUCCAGGUCGGGUGAUCCAGCCCCACUUGAGGUUGGUUCCAGAAUUUUUUCAGGCUCACUAAACACCUGCUGCCUAGAGGCCAUCUUAGAGGAAGCCAGGGGUAGAAUACUGUCCAUCCCAGCUACUCUCUGGGGAAUCAAAGUAGGAGCUGGUGACACAGAGACUCACAGACAGCUGUCUGCAGUGUUGGUGAGGGGCAGCGAUGUGGCCCUCCCGCCUCAGUGAUCAAAACAGCAGGUCCUGCCUCUGCAGGGAGAAGAGCAUGGCCACUGCAGCCUUAAGGUGACGUUAGCCUGGGAGUUUUUUUCUUUUCUUUUUUUGCUAUCUUCUGGUCAGGAGGGCAAAAAUGAACUGGGUGACUCUGUUCUUAAAGGGGAAAUUUCUGUUUAAGUUCUCUUGGGCAGGUUUCUUUGUAGGGAGUGGGGGUUGCUGCUUCCAUUGUCAAAGAAACUGCAUUGCUUGAAUGUGAGAGGGCACACACGUGUGUGUUUCUGUGUGCUGACCACUUUCUGCUGCAGCUUCUUGAUUCUCUGGGACUCAGACACAACGUGGUCUAUAAAAUACAUAUAAUUUAAAUUUUUUUCUGGCGCUUCUGGUUCCCAAAGAUCCUGCUGUCAAUUGUAGAGAAAACCCUCAUCCCUUCUCAAUUUAUAAUGUCCUUUUUAACCUCAGCAUAAAAAUGAAAGAAAAUAUACCCCCCCCAAAACAAAAUCUGCAUACUCUAAUUGCCCCAGAUUUGCCUAGAGCUCAGAACAGUCCUAGCCAAUUUCCACCCUCACCCAAACCUGGGUCUCUGGGAGCACCUCCCACUGACUCCCGCCCACUCCUGAACUAGAGCCUAUGGGUGUGAGCCAGUCUGUGACACAAGAUGUUGGGCCCCACCCCAGUGCCAACUUCCUGUCGCCUAACUCUUAAAGGGGCCAUGACAGCACCUGGAUGCCUCUCUGGAAAGGUAUGUUCCUGUUUGCAUGCUCAGUGCACAUGUGUGUACAUGUGUGUGUGCCCGUGUGCUCCCCUGCAUUGAGACCAACAGCCUUUACAGUUACUGGUGGCAGUGAAGGCCCCACAAGUCUCCAGGUCUCAGCCACAAAGCCUCUGAGUCCAGCAGCCUGGCGUCACCAGGGCCAGAGGG